GCGGAGCCGACACCAAUUCGUGGACGACGCCGGUCCCAUGUGUGUUAUACCCUCGAGACUAAUGGCAUGCGCCGUCGCUACCGACAGUCGCUAGGUACCUACCUUACCGAAGUCUCCUUCAGCGCGACAUUACCCAAGGCUGUCGUCGUCGUCCACUCCGCAGACUGUCAUUGGGCAAUCUGCCAAGGUACCCAGUGCACAGCUACGGUCAAGACAAGGGAGGGGUGUGGGCAACAGGGACAGCUCGCUACCCUCCUCACGAACACUCCUCUUGUCGGCCCAAGCCGCCGGUUCACGGUAGAGGAUGGACGACAGAGACAGCGAGACAUAAGCCGUGUUUCACCACCUGCGAGGCUGCUUCUCCUGCUGCUCCACGGGUAGCCGUCCCAGCCAGGCAAAAGCAGUGGAAACGGUUCGUGUUUCGGAAGGCGAACGAACAUGAUUUGACUUCGGAGACUGGACCAUCGGGCAGGUCAUCGGGUGAGGGACACAGAAUCCAAACAACCAAACUGACAGCGUCUCAGCGCGUUAGAUUGGAGAUUUGGGAUCUACCCGAGAUCUCCAUCAGCCGAUCUUCUUGGUACAUAUGUGCUGGCUUCAGGGCAAAAAGCACGUCUAGCUAGCGACGACGCAGUGCUACACCAUCCGGAGGCCGUAUUGGCCGCGAACCACCACCAACGCUCAAGAUGCACUGCUAAGCCGGUCAGCCCCCAAGCCACAACUGCCUAUCUGGAGGGAACGAGACUAAACGAAACAUGGGAUCCGAAGAGCAAGAGCCAGACAUACACAGGAUACCUACUUUCAGUAUCAACGUCUCGACGUGGAGGACUGUGUAUUACUAUCCGCGCAACAAACCGACGUCGUCAACUUAAUCAAUAAAUGCCCACAUAUGAUUGGCUGGCGGUAGUCGGUCACUGCGUUGCACCGUUUGGUGGCCCUUUUGCCUUCCCCCACGUUCACGUUGACGUUGAACCGUCAUUAAACAGACCAAUCUCGGACGGAAUAGCGAGUCACCUGCACAAGUAAAGAAGAAGAAAAACAUGUAUAGAGGUACUUUCUUGAAUCACCUCCAAGG